ACUCAUAAAUUAAUUUCUGCCUGCCACUAACAUUUCGGUUUUUUGGUGGACAUCGAGAUCUAGUGCGGGUUGUGCUCAAAUCAAUUAUAUUUUCUUUGAAUUUUGAGCGUUAUUUUAAUAACAGUACAAGAUGUCAUUUGUGAAGAAUGCGCGUAUCUUAGCUACCCGCGGUGUUCGUAUGGUUCAAACUCGUGGUUAUUCCGAUGAAAUGAAACUUACAUUCGCUGCAGCAAACAAAACAUUUUAUGCUGAUGCUGAAGUACGUCAAAUAGAUGUCCCCUCUUUCAGUGGUAGCUUUGGUAUUCUUGCUAAGCACGUACCAACCCUAGCUACCUUAAAACCUGGUGUUGUCCAAGUCAUCGAGAAAGACGGAAAAGCCGAAAAGUUCUUCGUUUCAAGUGGUUCCAUUACUGUUAAUGAGGACUCCUCAGUGCAAGUUUUAGCUGAAGAAGCACACAAUAUCGGAGAUAUUGAUAUCGCAGAAGCAAGACAAUUGUUAUCAAAAUACCAAUCACAAUUGAACUCCGCCAGUACUGAUGAGGCUAAAGCCGAAGCUGCCAUUGCUGUUGAGUGUGCUGAAGCUCUUGUUAAAGCUGCCGAAUAAACCAAUUAAAUAUUUAAUUUCAAAUUCCGGUGUUAUUAAUUAAAUUUGUAUUUCGAAUAUGAAAAUAUGAAAAAUACAAAAAAAUUAUUUACUUGUAUUUGGUUUACAACUACCGAAUUCAAAAACAAUUACAAAGAAAAUAAACAAUUUGAAAAAUUAAUUUAAGAUACAAAA